CUUUUUCUUUUUUCCUUUCAUUCUAACUCCAGUCUAGUCUAGUCCAGUCCAGUCCAGUCCAGUCCAUUUUCUCCACUCACUCUCUUUCCAUUCUUUCCACUCAUUACUCUCCUCUUCAUCCAUCCUUUUUUUCACACUUCACAUUCCACCCUUUUACCUGUCAACAUCCGGAUGCUUGGAAGAAAUGCCACUCGUCCCCUUGGCAUGGCCCCGCGCCUUGCUGCUCUCUACAACACUGCAGCAUCUAACCGGAUAGCCCAUUGGAUCUCAAAGCCGUUUACUAUGGCUCAUAUGCAACGUUAUCUUUCUGUUGCACCCCAACUUCUACUUACUCACCCUCAACAACCACAGCCUUUUUGUAAUAAUACUUCAAUCAUUAGCCCUACUGGAUCACUUGAGGUUACUUCUGCAGUUUGUCAAGUACAUACCUCCGCUACUUCAUUACAACAACAACACCAACAUCAUCAACGACAACACCAAUUCGAUCCCUUAUCGUCAGAAAAGACGCAGGCCUCAUCCCCUUCUGCUUCUGAUUCUGCUCCUGCUUCUGCUCCUGCUUCUGUUCCUGCUUCUGCUUUUGUUUCAACUUCUACCAGCACUACAGAUCCCAGUGCUGCAACUACCAGUGGCCCUACUUCUGUGACUAGCAACGGUACCGCCGCCAACCCAGCUUCGUCCGUUCCAGCAUCAGGAACUGCAGUAGCCUUCAAUUAUCUCUUGGCUGCAUCUUGGCAUCCUAAAUCUCGCAACCUGAGACGGACAUCCGCUUCAUUAUCUGCAGCGUCUUCUUCCACCUCUGGAUCAGAUGACGACGAAGAUGAGAACAAAGUAAAGUGGUGGAAACAAAAACUGAGAGUUGGAAAAGUUGAUGCAGGAGAGGAUGCAUUCUUCCAUGUAUCAACGCCGAGCAGAGUUGCACUAGGAGUCGCUGAUGGUGUUGGAGGCUGGUCUGAGGUUGGUGUUGACCCAGCCUUGUUCUCAUGGGCUUUAAUGGACAAUGCAGAAACAAUGGCUCGCCUGACAGAUAACGAUCAUUCCGAUUCUAAAGGAGGUAGUAACGGAAAUAAUGGUCAAAAGUCUAACAGAAUUCCUCUGGAUGCUCAAUCGAUCCUAGAUGGGGCUUAUAAAGAAUUGGUCCAGAGCGGCAAAGUUCAAGCAGGAUCAAGCACGGCGUGUAUCCUCUCGUUGUGCAAGAUGACAGGUACAUUGCGCGCUUCCAACCUAGGUGACAGCGCCUACCUGUUGAUUCGCGAUAAUAAAUGUAUUUAUGAGUCUCCUUCGCAACAACAUUUUUGGAAUUGUCCCUAUCAGCUCACUAUUCUCCCGCCAGGAUACCCUGGUGCUAAUCAUCAUGUGAUGGAUACUCCAAAGGAUGCAGCCCAGUCAACUCAUCAAUUGCAGGACGGAGACGUGAUUGUGCUGGCCACGGAUGGAUUCUGGGAUAAUGUCUUUACGAAAGAGGCUAUCGAGCUGGUCGAACGAGAGUUGGGCGAUAUCAUUGAACAAUCUAGACUUCUGCGAGCACUCUCCCAGCGUCUGACUAACACUGCAAGGCGGUUCUCAUUGGAUCAAAAGAGGAGGACACCAUUUAGCCAGAGUGCUCGCCAUAUCAGGACAGGAGGCAAAAUAGACGAUAUCACUGUCAUUGUAACUCUUGUAAGAGCACGCAGCAAUCUUGAGAACGCCUAG